AUGGCUGCCUAUAAGAGUAUACUGAUCUGGCACCAUGAAAGCUUCUGGAACCUAGAAAACUGCUUUAGUUGCAGGGACAACACUGAUAUGAACCUGGAAGGGCAGAAGGAGGUAAAUAGUGAGCAACCUUAUGAAGGUCUGACCAAUCUCAACAAAGAAGGGGUAGCUUUCAAGGAUGGUGAAGUCCAGGAAAAUAGCUGGAGAUUUUGUAAAGUCCAACCUCCCAUGAAGGAGUCCAAUUAUCCUCUCUACAGUGACACCAGUGAGGAUCAUCCCUAUAUAGAUCACACUGAAGAUCAGCUGCCCUUUGAUUAUGACAAAAGUCUUCAGGAAACUGUCAAAUAUCUGAGUAUCUCUGAAGAAAACAUCAUGGGGGGGUGGGAGUUGAAUGCACCCACUGGUAUUCCAGUUAUCUAUGAAUUAGACAAGAACUUGAAGUACACCAUACCCAUGCGUUUCCUGGGAAACCAGGUAACUUUAAGUACAGCCGUGGAAGCUGUAGCUGGUCAGUACAAAGUCUGGAAGUUAAGAGAUCAGGAAGACCACUAA